UAUGACUCGUUCCCUUCUAGUGGUGGGGAUCCCGGUAUUCGCGGAUUUAUAUACAACGGGCCGCCAACGUCUUGGACACAUUUGACCGUGGUAGCUGGAUCCGAACGAUCGCGAGUCUGUGAUCGAAUCCGCGCGCUGAGAAUUUUUACGACGCAGAAACGUUCAAGUGACACCAUGAUGAAACACAUCGUAAUUCUGUUCGCCGUGCUCUAUCUGGCCCAAUCUCAGAGGCCGCCUUACGCCGGCAGCGCGGACCGAAAUCGCUAUCCCCAGGUUCUUCCGCAGUACAUCCAAGAACAGGCCGUCGCAAUGGCGGCGCUGGGAAACCGAAUAGGCGUGGAUGCUCAGUCCUCAAGGCCCACGACGACGACGACGACAGUGAAUCCGUUGGACCUGCCGGUCGACGCGCUCGGCGACGUCGACCUGAUCAACAGAAUCAAAACCUGGCCGAGAGACAAGCAGCCAUUUUGGUACCUGAACUGGGUGCAGAUCCAGGAGAACCGCGGCGACACGAGGCAGCGAGCCCAACCCACCGAACAGAACGUGUAUCCCAGGAGCUAUUAAAACGGGAUCGAAUUCGGUAGUUCGUCUACUUAACGAUUUACGCGAGGCGACAGCACUGCCGUCAUCAUUCUGCUAGUCAAAAUCUACUCUUUUACACGACGAUGAGAUUCUACUUCAUUCCUUCGACUUCUCUCAAGUUGUCCGCCAUAUUUCGUGUUAUCGGAUGUAUCUGUUGCUCGUUCAAUCAGCAAACGCUGUCGUAUUUCGUCACGGUUUCGAUGAUUCCUUGGCCAGAGGCCACUUGAACUUUAGAUUUCACGGUUGAAUUUUGCUCGUUUUCUGCUUGGAACGUCGUGCCUAUACCUCCGGCGUAGAAUGGAUGGCUAUAAAAGUAAUCCCGUCGGAACUGUUAAUCCGUUAUUUCCUUAGGCGGUAGUUGACAUCGCUCGUUUUCCAAAUUGGGGUUUGGCACGGGCGUGGCUAAGUCCUUGCUUGUACGGCAUUGAAAUCCCCGGUGAAGCCGACUCGAACUAACGGGGGUCUCAAGAAUUACUUUUGUCUCUGGAGAGAUUGUUAGUCCUCUCGUUGUAUCUACGUUCUCGUCGGUUGCACCAGCUCGCGGUGGACAGUGUCAUCUUUACCUGUGCGCGAUUGUGACGAAGACCUUCUGUUCUUUGUUUAUUUCGGCAAUGCAUCUGUUUUCCUCGAUUUUCUUAAUCUCCAUGCCUGCUUUCGCGGCGGUCCUUGUUCGCGCGCUAUACCUGUAUACAAUCGAACUGUUCGUAACCUUCGACGUAUUUAACUCUAAUCGUACCACGUGUUUUUAUAGCGAAUCAUACCGUGUGACUCUCAGUUACUUAUGAGAAUAAAAGGAAUGAUUAACAUGUUAUUGCUUUUGUUUAUAGCGCCCAAAUUUUAGAAGUCCAAAUAGCUUUUGAAAAUGCAAUGUGAAAUAAUCAGAUUUAAGUGAAAAUUUCAAAUCUCAAAGUCGCAUCGUGGUUUGGUUAGAGUUAAUACGGACGUGAAUGCUAUAGAAUUCAUUUUCAUUGCGAUGCAAAAUGACACGGAUGUUACAACAUUGAAGUUUAUAAGCCACAUUGUCAUGAAUUUAAUUCUAUAUAGUCUUAACUUUUUGAAAUUAUCAUGCAAUCUGAAAUCCAGCGCGAAUAGACGUGAACCCACCGAUGACGAAGGCUGAACAGAAAGUUUCGUCGGAAGAUUCAAAGGAAAAGUGACUAUUUUUUAAAACGGAUAAUUUACUUCUGAGUCUAAAGUGCAGUUGCUGAUUCACUUAUCUCUUGAAUGUAUACAAACAAGAGGUACCUGAAAAGGAACGAAGUCCUUGGAAAAACUUCAUUAAUUCAUAAGAAUUGUUUCGUGUAGCGUUCUCAUCGAUUUCAAAGAUUUUCGGGUACGCUGCCAGGGACGUGAUUUUAAGAAACUUUUUCUAUGACGAGAGUCCAUGUAUGUAACGGGUGAACUGUUUGAAACAAAAGCUACUAUAGAUUUUCACUAAAUUGAUGGAUAUUGUAUGUACCGUUAUUUUAAAUAAUUUAAUUUAUCCUUUAAAGAUCUUCUCUUCUGCCUACAAUUUAACUUUAUUAUUGUCUGAAAACAACAGGACAAUUUUAUUUAGAUUUAACUAGAAGGAUCUUUGACAAUUGUGAGAAAAGUUAAGGUGAGACGUAUCUUUGACCCAGAAAAAGACAAUGUAGACACUUGCUUUUGUUUAUAUAUAUAUAUAUAUAUAUCAUAAAGAAAAGAGUUACUUGAAGUUACACCCACAGUAACAUAUCCACAAAUAAUUAAAAUUUCUUAGGAAAACGCACAAUUAAGUGAUAACCCUGGAAUUUCUUGACACAACAUUCUGUUCAGCCUAAUAUCAUAUCAGCCCAUGAGUGAUAUCACGUGAUUUAAGCUGACUGCAGGAUAACUUCAGAAUGCACAAACAAUUACGAAAGUGCACAUUCCACUGUCGUCUGUGCGAAUAUGCAGAAUAGUUCACUAAAUUGCGUGAGGAUGAAUGAAUGCUGUUCGAUUAUUACUCAAAAUACUCAAAAUACUGUUGUACGAUGAACGUUAUUCACACCGGAAAUCAUUUGAAUAUGUUCAUUCCUGAAUUGUUUCGAGAUCCCUGUUAAUCUACAAUAAGUUAACAAUUCGUUCGUUCUAUUUAUACAACGAGUUUAAAGAGAUUUAUAAGGUAGUAUUCAACUGAAGCAGUAUCUCUUCUAUUUUUAAAAUCGGACCUGUGUGAUUUUUUGUUAAAGAAACCAUUUUCAUCAAUGAUCUUCGUCAUUCACCUACAUGUAUACGGUUAAGAACAUUUCCAGAAUUCUUAUAUUAAAUAAAGAUUUAACAGUAAACGAAAUAAACGUUGAACCA